GGCUUGUUCACUGGAGUCAUAUGUUGCUUAAUAUUUGUAAUUGAUGAAGGCAACGUGCAGUGUCAAGAAGCAAGCAUCAAGGUAAACUAUCUGAAUGAAUUCAAACUAACAGAGAUGUUCCUUAAGAUAGAGCCAAAAAAUACACAACUUCUCCUAGAAACUACUGCCAAGGUAGUCCAAGAAUAUGUAAAGAUUAUACCAGAAGAAGAUAAGCGUAUAGCUGAGAACUCACCGCAUAUGAUGCAGAUAAUUGGCAAACGUUUAAAGCUGUUUUGGAAACAAAUAACAAAAUGGAAAAGAACCAGAGUACAACUAUUGAAUGUAUUGAGGAAUGAUUCUAAGGCUAUAUUCAAAGUUACAAAUAAAACAUUUCGUACCAUACAUAAUAAUUUCGAUGGUGUAAUUAGAUACGACAUCUAUUUUGACCGUCGAUAUCGGGAAAACAGACCAAAUUUCAUGAACAUAAAUGAGAACUUACUUGAAGCUUUCAAUAUUACAAAAAUUUACCGCAGCAACAUCAAAAGAUUGUGUAGGACAAACUCUAAUGUAAGUGGACUGAAAGAGGCAAGGAGGAUAAAACAAAUGUUGAACCAAUUCUACUUAAAGUUGAAGAGGCUACUAAAACUGUUAGGCUGGAUUGUCAACAACAUCCAACAGUUGAAGAUUCCUCGAAUUGAUAGUUCUUACAAUUGCAACAACCAAUCGAAGGGUGUUAACCUUAUACGGACAGAUGACGGUACCAAUUUCCUAGCAGUUUGUGACUCAGAAUGGCUAGUUGUCGCUCAGAGGUUUGAUGGAAGUGUUGACUUCACGAGGCAUUUUGUUGAAGAUCAGUGUUCGGAUGGCCCUCAUCCAGUGUAUAGCGUUGCCUUUGGAGAUCCCCCCUCAGAGUACUUCAUUGGAAUUGAUAAUCUCGUUUCUGCAGCUGCACAAGAUGUAUAUAUGCUGCGAAUUGAGUUGACAACAUGGAAAAAUGAAACCAGAACAGCGGACUAUUUAAAGUUUGAUAUCACCUCAUUAGACUAUGCCGAUUGGGAACUGUGGUAUAGGCCUUCCUGGUAUGAUUUAAGAUUGGGAGAAUUCCAAGGAACCGCUGGCGAUUCCCUUAGUGAUAUUGGUGAUUGGUUAUUUAAUCGAUUUGGAUGGUGGAGCAACUGGUGCCCGAGCAAUAAAGCAAAUUUAUUUGGAAGAUAUAACAAUGGGCCCAUAUGUAAAAAGGAAAUGGAUUGUAUGAGCUGGAGAGAAUGGCCUGAUCAACUUCUUAAAGGAAAAGGCAAUGAAUUUUAUUCAUUCAAAGCAAUGAGAAUAAUGAUUCGCCCACUUCCCAUAGACCUCCGACCUUCGGAUGAACCUUGUGUUGAACGGAAGUCUGGGAUCAAUGAUAUACAGCUUCCAAAUGGAGACUCCUUCAAAGCACGUUGUGAGGAAAACUGGUUGCUGGUGGCUCACAGAUUUGACGGGAGCGUUGAUUUUUAUCGCACAUGGGCUGAAUAUAAAACUGGUUUUGGUGAUCCAUCUGGAGAAUAUUUUAUUGGCCUUGAUAACUUGGGAGCACUGAUUAGUGACGAAAAAAUGAAAAGAUAUGUGCUAAAGUUGGAGUUCACAACAUGGAGUGGUCAAACUGAAACGGCAGAAUAUUACAUUUUUCAAAUGCCUGGAUACAAUGAUGGUGAUACUAGUGUCACAAUGGAAGAUUUCAGAGGCAGUGGAAGAGAUGUUAUGACUGCUUACCAAUAUUACGAUUAUACUAAUCCUAUUAUUUACCGCCUAAAGAAGAUUUUCUACUAUCCCUUUUCUACUUGGGAUCAUGAAAAUAAAAUAUAUGAUAGAAACUGCUCUGCUUUGCGUAGAGGUGCAUGGUGGUAUUACCAACCUCAUGGUACAGCCGAUGACAUCUAUGAAGAAGCAAAUGUUGACUACCAGAACCGAGAUGACUGUGGUGUUGUGAACCCAUUUGGACAGUAUGUGAAUGGAACCAAAUGUGACAUAAAGUUUGGAUGUAUGAGUUGGAUGGGAUGGCCUGGUGAACUUUUCAGCGAUGCAGAGCGGGAAGAAAAUGAGGAACUAAACAAUGCCUGGUAUUCCUUCAAGGAAAUGAAGUUUCUGAUACGCCCAAGAGAGCCUGAGUGGUCUUAUUAA